AUGUCCUAUGCUUACAAACGAUUUGAAGUGUUCCUUGUUGAAAAGUUGGAGAAGAUGUUCUUAGGUAUGGCAGGUGUGAUGUUACCUCAGAUGGUAACAGUUAAGGACAUAUUGUAUCCCGGUACAGAGAUCCUUCGACAGAAGCAAGUGUACCACCCCUUGUGUACCUUUGAUAUUACUUGUGCAGAUGAAAGUACAGACCCCUGCAGAUUCAGCCUGGUACACUUUGUGAAUGGACAAGGCCUUACCUUGCCUGACAGUACCAUAGGGCUCUUACAGGCACUGAUACUGGGCAUGUAUAUAAUACUCAUACACACACAGAUGGACCUACCACAGUAUGACCAACUGUUUCCUGAGUUAACAUCUUCCUUGACUGACAAAAAAUGCACAGAAGCUCAGGUAAAAAAGGGCAUGCUGGAAAUUCUCAGGAUGGCUGCUGUCAGCAAGGUGUUUACAAUGUUUGACUCCUUUGACUGCACUGCCUUCCAGACACAAAACAUUUUCACUACAGAAAAGAUAGCUGAUGAGGUCAGAAGUGACCUCUUUAAAGUUGUAAAAAAGAAUUUGAAAACAUCAGGUCUUGGAGAAGUUGGAUUUCUGGAUCCUGACAUAAAGGAAUCUUGUUUCUCUGAGGGCUUUGCCUGUCCUGGACACAGUUCCUGCUGGAAAGAAGCAAGCAAGAUCUCCGAGAUUACUCCAAACUGGUUUGCUGGAUAUUCCAAAUUCAUCACCUCUUUUCAGUUAGGUGCCAAUCAGCUGACCUCUUUGCCACCAGAGCUGUUCCAAAAUAUGCCUCAGCUCAAAGUCCUGAACCUCCAUUCCAAUUAUCUAGAUGCUUUGCCGGACACUAUCGGACAUUGUAAGAGUUUGAUGGAACUUGUCCUGGGGGGAAACAAUCUGUUUGACUUACCACCCACCUUAGAUAGUUGCAAGGAGCUCAGAAGUCUGGAUAUCAGUUUGAACUGCAUGGAGUUGCUGCCACCUAUCAUCACCAAGCUGUACAAUUUGACACAUCUGUACGCUCACGGACUCAUGUUGACUAGCCUACCUGAUAAUUUUGGAAAUCUCUCCAAACUGAACGUCCUCAACUUGAAUGAGAAUUGCCUCACAAAACUUCCAAAAAGUUUUUCAAUGUUACAGAACCUAAGAGAACUCUAUUUGGCUGGUAUCAGUUGGAUUCCCAACAAAAUAAACAACUUCCUGUCAAAACAAAACUUUGAAGCAACAAUAAGCUCUGUUGGAAGAUGGCUGGACGGCAAUGCAGACAUAUUUGGUGACAAUGACAUGUUCCAAUAUUUUGACUUGGAUGGGAGUGGCACACUCGAUACUCAAGAAAUAUCGCGGGCAAAUGCAAUACUGUAUGAUAUGUUCCCGAGGUUCGGAUACAAAGGAAAAACUUCUCCAGAUGAUAAAACCUGGAAUGGUUUUCCAGAAGAGAUUUUUGCCUUGAAAAAUCUGAGUAUUCUUGACUUACAAUAUCAAGGAAUAGUCCAUGUUCCCAAGGGCAUUCAAAAUCUAGAGAAUCUCACCACACUACAGCUCAAUAGCAACCCUUAUCUCUUGUCUAUCGCAGCUGAAACUGGACAAUGUCCACUUCAACAUUUGAAUAUCAAUGACUGCCCCUUGCUGAAAACCCCUCCAAAAGAGAUCAGAGAACGAGGAUUUACUACAACAUAUGCCUACCUCAAACGUCUGCUGACAGGAUCUGUGGACUGUAAACGAACCAAACUGAUGUUGGUGGGACUUGGUGGAGCUGGUAAAACCAGCUUGGUGAAAGCCCUGUUGAAGACCUUCGGAGGUGAAUCUCCCCUGACUGGGUCAGGAUCAGUCACUGAUGGUAUUGACAUCUGUACUUGGGAUGUGGAUUACAAGGGAGAGACAAUAUCCUACAGUGUGUGGGACUUCGCUGGUCAGACUGUAUACUACAACACACAUCAGUUUUUCCUUUCUGACCGAGCUGUGUACCUGCUGCUAUGGAAUAUACGACUUGGACAUGAACAUGCUGGUUUGAACUUUUGGCUCAACUCAAUCACAGUACAUGCUCCUAAGGCCCCCAUCUUUGUUGUGGGCACUCACAUGGACCAGAUGACCAAAAUUGCAUUACCUAUGGAUGAAAUGAGACAAAGCUAUCACCAGAUAGAAGGAUUUCACUUUGUCAGUUCAAAGAAUGGAAAUGGUAUCCCCGACCUGAAAGAGGCAUUAUUUAAAGCAACCCUUCAACAAGAUUACAUGGGAGAGAAAAUUCCUCAAGUUUGGCUUCAACUGGAGUCCAACAUUGCAAGCAAAAGGGUAAAUCAGUCAAUCAAUGUAAUGGAUUACAAGGACAUUCAGGCUGAAGCUUUACAAGUUGGCAUCAUUAACAAAACUGAGGUGACCCAAGCAAUUCAAUUUCUACAUGACCUUGGAAUGGUUCAGCAUUUCCAGAAUGAAUAUCUGAAAGAUCGUGUUGUGAUUAAUCCACAGUGGAUUGUCGAUGUGAUGGCUUGUGUUGUAUCAGUGAAACAGACUGUAGUGAAGGAUGGCCAGUUAAUGCAUUCUGAUAUCUAUGAAGUCUGGAAGGAAUACAAAGACAUGGCCAGUUGGCUGUUGAAACUCACGGAGGAGUUUGACCUCACCUAUCCUCUAGAGGGGGAAAGCUGUAACAUCGUACCUUGUCUUCUACCAGAAAAACAACCUGAUUUUGAAUGGCCUGAAGUAAAGAAGGGCAAAAGGAGACAAAAGAUUCUGGAAACAAAGUUGGUUUACACAUUUGACUACCUUCCAGCAGGCCUCUUCAAUCGAGGACAGGUUAGGCUCUAUGGUAUCUCCGAUCAGGAUAUUUUGAUAUGGAAGAGAGGCACAUUCCUGAAGAAGAACGGACAGAUUGCUUUGGUUCAACAGAUUGGCGAUUCUGAGCUGAAUGUGAAAGUCCAAGGCCCCCAACCAGACAAUCUGCUCUUCCUCAUAUAUGAGGUGUUUGAAGGCCUCAUUAAGGAAUCAUUUCAGGGUGUCACUUAUGAGUGUAAAAUACCAUGUCCAGAUUGUGUUAAACAGUUUACAAAAUUUCCUCACAUGUUCCCAGCAUCUGUGGUCCGUCGAGCUGUGGAAGUGAAAGCACCUUUCCUGCAGUGUCACAAACAUUUCCACUCCACACCUGUCCUUGAUCUUCAAGGAAUUCUGGCCCCAGAUGACAACGCUGACUAUGAUCUCCACAUGUCUCAGGAUCUUUUCUCCCUCCAGCAGAUGCAGGAGGCCUUGACAGUUGAUAUCUUCAUUUCUUACUGCAUUAAAGAUGCGCCCAAGAAUAGGUCAAAGGUUAUACACCCGGCAGAUGUCUGUGUUGACCUGGAGCAAGAGGGAUAUACUUGUUUUUGUGUCGCCAGCAGAGAGAAGCAGCUCCUUUUGGUAUUUGCUUCUAACAAUUAUGCAGCAAAUGACAUCUGCUCGGAUGUGUAUAAGUAUGCUGUAAACACAAUUAAGAAGCCCACCAUCAUUGUGGCGGUAGGGGAGAACUUUGACUGGAAGCAAAGCACCACUCUUGGGGUCUUCAUGUCUGAUGUGGUUUUUGUGAACAUGAUCAACUCCAAGAAGGAUGUGUACAAAAAUAAAUUUGCGGAAUUACUGAGCACGCUGCAGAAGAAUGAACAGCUCAGUCUGGCAAAGCCAGAGGCAUCCAACGCUUGCUUCAUCAGUUACUCCUGGGUCAAUUCUCAAACAGCAGUUUCUAUGGGCUCAAAGUUUAUACCGGGUGCUGUGGGCAAAGGUGACCCAAGAAAAAUCAAAUCUUACCUUGACAGUCGGGGAAUAUGCUGCUGGUUAGACGUGGAGCAGGUCAAUGUGAAUGACCAGUUAUUUGCGAGGAUUGCCAAAGGUCUGUCAGAAGCCCGUGUGAUGGUGGCCUGUGUAUCAGACGAGUAUGCUAAAUCUGAUACCUGUGUGAGGGAGAUGAAAUUUGCUACACAGCUCAAUCUGCCUAUUGUCAUAGCUGUGGUUGGCACUGGGACUGGUUGGCUAAACACUGAGAUUGGGCUUUUGGCUACUACCUAUCCCAAAGUGAACUUUCAGAACAACCCCAAUGAGGAAACAAUGGAAACGUUAUUUCGACUUGUCCAGGACAACAUGAAACCUUUACCUAGUAAAGAAAUGGACUCGGAGGUGAAUAAGGACGAGACUGAGGAGAAUUAUCAGAUAUCUUACCAGGAAAUGUAUGAGUUGGCUCAACGGAAGUUAUUAAGACAGGUUUCCAAACAUGCUAGUACACAUGAUAUUGGGAGCUACCCUCGACUGUUUGUGGUGGAUAUUGAAGAAACAUCUUCAGAUGUUGAGAGAACAGUACAGUAUCAUGUCCAUACCCUGUGUGAAUGUGAUCAGGGCUGGCACAGUGUGGCUGACCCUAUAGUGUUAAGCACUGUUAAGAGAAGUCCAGAUGUGGUUGAUGAAGACUCAUAUAGGACUGAUUUGGAAGAUUUCACUCCCUACCUCUCUCGGGUUGCCGUAGUGAUGGAGCACAACUCAGGCUUUGUCCUCAACCUUUUCACCAGUGCAGAAGGACAACGCUGUCUCAAGAGGAUACAGGAGCUCGCGAUGAUCUGCUCGGACAGUUUCCAGACCUCCUAUCACAAAUUUCGAGUCAAGGUUCAUGAGUUGGACACAAAGGGAGAAAAAGGAAAACUGAACAGAUGUCGUCUGCCCAGUGGAAGGAUAAUUUGGCUGUGUGAAGAACAUUCAGCCCUGAUGAAGGUUACGGUUCUGAGUGAGGAAGUAUCAGAGGUCAAGCAUAUGGUGGCCAACCAACCCUGGCUGGAUGCCAUGUUGGAUUACAUGAGGAAUGGGGCUACAAAACAUAAUCCAUUUGAGUUCAAAAACAACAGAAAAGCAAAAAGAAAAUUGAAAGAUAUGAUUGCUGGGGUUGAUGAUGUCGUGAGAAAUAUUAAAAAAACACUGUUACACAGAAACUCUUCAUUGAACAAAGCAGCUCAACUCCAAGCUUUGUCAGAAAUCAAAUCCCAGGAUCCAACAUUUGGGGAGGAAACAACGGACUCUACAACCAGUAAGAAAAAGAAAGAAAAAAAGAAAGAAAAAAAGAAGAAACAGGACGAUUCAAAAGAAGUGGAAGAAUUUUCUAAGGCGUCAAAUUCCCAGGAUGCAACAGCAGAACAAGAUGUUGAUGACUCGAUAUCUGUGAAGAAAAAGAAGAAGAAAAAAAAGAGAAGUAAUGAGUCUCCUGAUGAGUAUUCAGAGGAGGGAAAACACGAUAAAGAUGUAAACGAUCAGAUGACAAUAGAUGGACCUUCAAAAUCUGUUAGUCCUGAUCCAAUACCAUUGGUCAGCAGUCGGACAGCCACUCCACACCCCGAAUCUGACCUUCAGGGCAAAAAAGCUACUUCUUCUCUACAGCCAGAUGUUAGGGAGAGAGAAGCAGCUCCCUCUACACAGCCCAGAACACUGGACCAAGACAAGGGAGAUAAAGGACAGGAUUCUGAUCAACAACCAUCACCAGCCAAGAGUAAAACAUGUGUAGUGUUGUAA